GGCACGUAGGUAUCACGCCGUGGUUAACUCGGGAGGUGGCCGAGGUAGCCCGCGCCGACGAGGUUCUGGACGACGGCAUAACUUGGCCCAAUUAGGCUGCCCCAAAAAAACCCUAAAGCACACGAUGUUAGAAGCCACUUUACUACUUCUUCCAGUAAAAGGUUAAUUAGGCCCACGAAAAACACGUCAACAAAAACAUUUGUUCGUGGGCUAUGAGGAAAGGCAACAACCCAGUGAUUCCAUACUUUCACUUUCAUCAUUUUUUCUUCCCACACCUUUCUCGAUUCUAACCACUUUUCUUUUCGAGAUCUCAAUCCCAAUUACACUCAAUCCUACUUGAUUAAUUUUAGGGAUCCUCUAGUAGUUCUAGAGGAACCAUACGACCAUGGAUACCAGAGAUGUAUCUGUUGUGGAAGGCUACAUCGAACUUCUUGACCGGCUAAAGCAGGAUGCCGAGAAAGCAAUGCUUCGAAAGGGAGAGAUACCCCAAGACCACACUCAUCCUUUCUCUCUGGUCUCCAAGUUCAUGACAAGGCUAGUUGCUCCGUCUAGAAUUCCCACAGGCGAACACAUACUUCACACAUUGCAAGUGCCUCAGUAUUAUCAUCCUUGUGUCCUCCCUCUAGAUCAACUCAAGCCUCUAAUGAUAUCGCAAAUGAUGCUUGAGACCCAUCAUCGAGGAACCCAGACCAUGGUUCGCCUCCUGACACCGGCCGACCGAGUGACUGCUGUCAUGGCUAUCGCUGAAGAUGAAGAGGGCACCGCAGUUCUACUCCAGCUAUACAGCCAACCUGAUGAGUCCAAAGUCAGUAAGGAUCUUAUUCUCCGAGAUGGAGACGUCUAUAUCAUCAAGGAAGCAUUCCUUAAGGCCAAUAUCGAUGGAACAUAUUCCCUGCGAAUCGAUCAUGUUAGCGAUAUCGUAUGGUUGGAGGAAACCGACAACCGCAUCCCAUUGAACUGGCGAAAGAAGAUCCUGGAUCUCAACGGCAAUUCCAACGACUUUCGCGCGCAAGGAAACGAGGCAAUCAAGGUACGAGAUUGGGCCAAAGCAGAGCGUCUCUACACCGACGCCAUUCGUUCUGCUGAGGGCCCUUAUGAGAGAUUUCUGGCUUAUCUGGACCGUUCUUUCUGUAACUUCCAGCUCGAACGUCCGGAGAAGGCACUCGGCGAUGCACUUAAGGGGAGUCCUAGCGGAAUCCCAAGCGAGAAGUCACUCUUCCGACAGGCCAAGGCCCUUUACGCACUCAGGAAGUUCAAACUCUGCCAAGAGACACUUCUCACCCUCCUCCGUUCCAACCCGAAGAACUCAGGCGCGUGGGCCGAGAUCAAGAAAGUCAGACAACGUCUCAACGAGGAAGAAAAUGGAGCGUAUCAAUUCAACGAUAUGUACACACAAUCCGAAGCUACCCUGCCGUUGAUCGAUUGCGCGACGUACAUCGGACCGGUCGCCGUUCGCGAUUCACCUAGUCGAGGCAAGGGUCUCUUCACCACCAAGCCUGUCAAAGUUGGCGAGCUUCUAUUUUGCGAAAAAGCUUUUGCUUACGCAUACGCGGGUGAUGACACUCCUGCGGGUCUAGCCAACGUAACCCUGUUGGUGAACAUCAACAAUGGAUAUAUGACCAUUGGUGGACAGUCAGAUCUGAUUAGGCAGAUCAUUCAGAAGAUUCUCCACAACCCUUCCGAAGCAAAGCAAGUCACCGACUUGCACCACGGCGAUUACGACGCCGUUACGACAUCCGAGGCAGACGGAUCUCCAGUUGUUGAUACGUUCCUGAUCACGGAAAUCAUUCAGCAGAAUGCUUUCGGUUGUGGCAGAUCGAGCUUGAAGACCAAGAUGAUCCCCAUGACGGGCACUCGUGGUGAGAUACUUGGACCAUCCGAGACCCACACCACCUGCGGUAUCUGGCCCCUAGCAUCGCGCAUCAACCAUUCAUGCGUACCCAACUGCCACCGUUCCUUCAUCGGCGACAUGCAAAUCGUCCGAGCAAGCGAGGACAUCGAGGCAGACACAGAGUUGCAUUUUGCGUACCACAUCCCACCUUUCAACGAGAAGUACGAGGUGAUUCAGAAGAAGUUUGCACACUGGGAUUUCGUCUGCGAGUGUGCGCUUUGCCUUGACAAGAAGUCCACACCUCGAAAGGUUUUGAAGGAGCGCAAGGCUUUGUUCGAGAGCAUCGAGCCGCUGUUGAAGCGAGAUUCGCCUAUGGCUGCUCUGGCGCGAGUAGGGAAGAUUCUCGAGAAGAUGGAGAAGACGUACAUGGCCGGACAGAACGGAGCACCGCCGCAGCGCCAUGAGAUGGUGGAGCCGAGCUUCGCGUUAGGAGCCUCACUUGCGGAUAAGGACAUGUUCCCGGCUGGGUUGGACAUGCUUCUCAAGGGUCUCGAGGCACUUGGGUUCGUCAUCGCCGCUUGUCCCCCGAGAGACCUUGGGGAUGGCAAGAAGAAGAGGAAGAAGGGAAAGGCAAUCCUGGAGAUCAAGCGCUGGGGUUACGCCACUGAACUUAACGUGAUAGCUUUCCUGCGCAUGAUGACAAUUUACGAGAAGCUGGCUCCUGAGCUUUGCAAUGUCGCCAAGGAGUAUGCCAGAAUUGCAUACUGCAUUUGUGCUGGGGAGAGAGACACCGCUGGUACUUGCUUCCCGGAGCUUGCGUAG